AUGAAGCAAGAAACUACAACUUUUGAGAUUGCCAGUAAAGUUGGCACAACCGAUAUGACAGAAAUGGACCCAGAGAUUACAGAAUUGUGCAAAAAUACUUUGGCAGAUUUCUAUGGAACAGAAGACGUGACUCGUAAAAAUGAGAAAAGGGAAAAAACUAAUUCGAUAAUAGAAGGCGAUAGUUUUUCGUAUAAACCAAAAAAUGUUGUAAAUGUUAUAGACCCAGAUAUUAAAAUUCGGGAUUUUGGGUAUGCUGAUGAUGAUCCUCGACAUUGGGGACAACCUUACCCAGGUGGUGAGGAAGAGAAUAAUGAAGAUGACGAAUACACAAACCACAGAGCUAGAGCACUUUAUGAUUUUCAAGCAGGGGACGCAGAAGAAUUGAGUUUUAAGGAAGGGGAUAUUUUGUUAGUGAAAAGACGAUUAGAUGAUGGAUGGUUUUUCGCAGAAUUAAACGACAAAACCGGGCUGGGUUUUAUAAUAUGA